GCUGUGGGAGAAGGGAGGGACCAAAGGAGAGCAGAGAGGGCUUCCAACUCAGUUCGCCGACUAAGCAGAAGAAAGAUCAAAAAACGGAAAAGAGAAGAGCAAACAGACAUUUCCAGGAGCAAUUCCCUCACCUCCAAGCCGACCGCGCUCUAGGAAUCCACAUUCCGUUCCUUUAGAAGACAAAGGCGCCCCAAGAGAGGCGGCGCGACCCCAGGGCGUGGGCCCCGCCGCGGAGCCCGCACCGCCCGGCGCCCCGACGCCGGGGACCAUGUCUCCCGCCCCUCGACCCUCCCGCAGCCUCCUGCUCCCCCUGCUCACGCUUGGCACGGCGCUCGCCUCCCUCGGCUGGGCCCAAGGCAGCAACUUCAGCCCCGAAGCCUGGCUGCAGCAGUAUGGCUACCUACCUCCAGGGGACCUGCGUACCCACACACAACGCUCACCCCAGUCACUCUCAGCUGCCAUUGCCGCCAUGCAAAAGUUCUAUGGUUUACAAGUGACAGGCAAGGCUGAUUUGGCAACCAUGAUGGCCAUGAGGCGCCCUCGCUGUGGUGUUCCGGAUAAGUUUGGGACUGAGAUCAAGGCCAAUGUUCGGAGGAAGCGCUAUGCCAUUCAGGGCCUCAAGUGGCAGCAUAAUGAGAUCACUUUCUGCAUUCAGAAUUACACCCCUAAGGUGGGCGAGUAUGCCACAUUCGAGGCCAUUCGGAAGGCCUUCCGAGUAUGGGAGAGUGCCACGCCACUGCGCUUCCGAGAAGUGCCCUAUGCCUACAUCCGGGAGGGACAUGAGAAGCAGGCUGACAUCAUGAUCUUGUUUGCUGAGGGUUUCCACGGCGACAGUACACCCUUUGAUGGUGAAGGAGGGUUCCUGGCUCAUGCCUACUUCCCAGGCCCCAAUAUUGGAGGGGAUACCCACUUUGAUUCUGCCGAGCCCUGGACUGUCCAAAAUGAGGAUCUAAAUGGGAAUGACAUCUUCUUGGUGGCUGUGCAUGAGUUGGGGCAUGCCCUAGGCCUGGAACAUUCCAAUGAUCCCUCCGCCAUCAUGGCCCCCUUUUACCAGUGGAUGGACACAGAGAACUUCGUGUUGCCUGAUGACGAUCGCCGUGGCAUCCAGCAACUUUAUGGAAGCAAGUCAGGGUCACCCACAAAGAUGCCCCCUCAACCCAGAACUACCUCUCGGCCCUCUGUCCCAGAUAAGCCCAAAAACCCCGCCUAUGGGCCCAACAUCUGUGACGGGAACUUUGACACCGUGGCCAUGCUCCGAGGAGAGAUGUUUGUCUUCAAGGAGCGAUGGUUCUGGCGGGUGAGGAAUAACCAAGUGAUGGAUGGAUACCCAAUGCCCAUUGGCCAAUUCUGGAGGGGCCUGCCUGCAUCCAUCAAUACUGCCUACGAGAGGAAGGAUGGCAAAUUUGUCUUCUUCAAAGGAGAUAAGCACUGGGUGUUUGACGAAGCCUCCCUGGAACCCGGGUACCCCAAGCACAUUAAGGAGCUGGGCCGAGGGCUGCCCACGGACAAGAUCGAUGCAGCUCUCUUCUGGAUGCCCAAUGGGAAGACCUACUUCUUCCGGGGCAAUAAGUACUACCGGUUCAAUGAAGAAUUCAGGGCAGUGGACAGCGAGUACCCUAAAAACAUCAAAGUCUGGGAAGGAAUCCCUGAAUCUCCCAGGGGGUCAUUCAUGGGCAGUGAUGAAGUCUUCACAUACUUCUACAAGGGAAACAAAUACUGGAAGUUCAACAACCAGAAGCUGAAGGUAGAGCCAGGGUAUCCCAAGUCAGCUCUGCGGGACUGGAUGGGCUGCCCUUCGGGGGGCCGGCCCGAUGAGGGGACUGAGGAGGAGACGGAGGUGAUCAUCAUUGAGGUGGAUGAGGAGGGCAGUGGAGCUGUGAGUGCGGCCGCCGUGGUCCUGCCGGUACUACUGCUGCUCCUGGUACUGGCAGUGGGCCUCGCUGUCUUCUUCUUCAGACGCCAUGGGACGCCCAAGCGACUGCUUUACUGCCAGCGUUCGCUGCUGGACAAGGUCUGACCCCCACCACUGGCCCACCCGCUUCUACCACAAGGACUUUGCCUCUGAAGGCCAGUGGCUACAGGUGGUAGCAGGUGGGCUGCUCUCACCCGUCCUGGGCUCCCUCCCUCCAGCCUCCCUUCUCAGUCCCUAAUUGGCCUCUCCCACCCUCACCCCAGCAUUGCUUCAUCCAUAAGUGGGUCCCUUGAGGGCUGAGCAGAAGACGGUUGGCCUCUGGCCCUCAAGGGAAUCUCACAGCUCGGUGUGUGUUCAGCCCUAGUUGAAUGUUGUCAAGGCUCUGCACUUGAAGGCAAGACCCUCUGACCUUAUAGGCAACGGCCAAAUGGGGCCAUCUGCUUCUUUUCCAUCCCCCUAACUACAUACCUUAAAUCUCUGAACUCUGACCUCAGGAGGCUCUGGGCAUAUGAGCCCUAUAUGUACCAAGUGUACCUAGUUGGCUGCCUCCCGCCACUCUGACUAAAAGGAAUCUUAAGAGUGUACGUUUGGAGGUGGAAAGAUUGUUCAGUUUACCCUAAAGACUUUGAUAAGAAAGAGAAAGAAAGAAAGAAAGAAAGAAAGAAAGAAAGAAAGAAAGAAAGAAAGAAAGAAAGAAAGAAAGAAAGAAAGAAAGAAAGAAAGAAAGAAAGAAAGAAAGAAAAGCUCACAGAGAGUCUGGUGGCUUGGACAGCCAAGUUCCUCUCCACAAAGAUCUGCCUCUAUCCAACCCAGUCUGGAGAACUUCCAAAGGAGCCUGAGCCAUUAAGGACUAAAUGGGUUUGAGGAAACCCUUGGCAAACCCGACCCCUGACCCCUGAAUGUUAGCCUUGAAUGUCAAGUUCAAGGCUGGAAGAGCUGAAACCAGGGGGAAAGGUCCCGGGUGGAGUGAGGUCAAGGGGAGACAGCAGGACCUGAAGGAUGAGCCUCACAGCUCAAAGCAGACAAAGACCUUGUUCAAAUGCAAGUCACUGGGGCUGGGACCCAAAGAGAGCAGUCAGAGAGGGCAGGACACGAAGGGUAGUGGUGGCAGUGUAUGCCUGGGAGUCUGCACAGACUGCAGUGCACACACGGGACACUAGUCCCCAGGAGUGGGCACAUCUUAUUGGAUGUCUCAGAAAGGGCCUUAAGGGAAGCCACACUGGCCACUUUCUGUCCCCUUGCUCACAGUGUAGAAGGCAAGGGUAGGAAUUGAUACAGGAGUGAGAAGAACAUGCAUACAGGGACUCAAUGGAGACCAGAGAAGGCUGUCAGCAGCCUGGGCUUGCUUAGACUUCCUCACUGCCCUAGUGAGGCAGGUGUCUGGGUGCUGUUGGUUAGGGUGGCCUCCCUUUCCUGAUGCAGGCACCCCUCAGCCCAUUUUACCUAUGUCCUGCCCUUCCUCUUCCCCGCCCAGUUGACCCAUUUGAAGUCUCCUUCAGCCACUGAAGGCGGUCAUGGUACUGGGGACUUGGGAGAGUGAGACCCUGUGGAGGGAGAGGCGAGGAGAGGAGAGAAAUGUCUGGGUGGGGGUUGGGGAUAGGGGUGAACGGUGCUGGAAGCCCAGCUAAAUUUCUGUCUUGUUUGGGUUUUUUUUUUGUUUUGUUUAAUGUAUAUUUUUAUUAUAAUUAUUAUAUAUGAAUGCCAUUCAAAUCGUUCCUUUUUGUUAACAAGGGGCAUGGGGAGGGGUGGGGGGUGGAGGGGGGCUGAGGCGACUGACCCCAGAAACCUGCAGGGCGGGGCUGGGUCAGUGCUCUCUAAGGACAUUUUUUGACCUUGUUCAACCUUUCCAAGAAGAAUAAACUGUGUUUCACAUUCUUUGUGUGACUCGA